AUGGAUGGAUUGGGCGAUUCAGUGUUUUUUGUUGGUGAUGAUGAUUCAUUCUCUCUUUCUGCUAAAGAGUUCCCAGAUGUAAAGGGAAUUGUGUUUAUUUCAAAGAAGCUGAUCCCUUUAAAGUUUCUGAUUGCCACCCGGAACCGAUGGUUGGAUUUUGACUUGAAGGAUGGAACAGUUGGAGGCUCUCUGCUUCCAGGCUAUUCUAACAUCUUUCGGCCUAGACCAACUUGGGUGGAACGUCGUCUUGGAAACUUGUCCAACAAGGUACCCGAGUCUGAAAAGUUACCCCAGUCUUUGGACUUGCGGAAUUAUCGGGUCAAGGAAGUAGCUAAAUCUUAUAGACUUGAAAAAGUUUAUCAAGGUAAAGGUAUUAAUAGAAAGAAGCCUGUUGUUUUCGAAAAGGCGGUUGUGUCUUCUUGCUAUGAUGAGAGUGAUAAUGGGUUCGCCUUAAUGACGAUAAUGGGAGGAUUGGUGCUGGUGUGGAGAAAUGUAGACAAGAAAUGGGCUACAAUAAUCAUCGAUUAUGAGUUUCCUCUUGAUAUAAUUUAUCAUAAUGAAAAGUUCUUUGCUUUGAUGAUCUGCGGUGUUACUGUAAUUGUGGACUCUAAGUCUUUGACUGUUUCUGAAGUUGCCGGUCCACCGAUUGAGAUUGCGAUGUACUUAGUAAAGUCCUCCCAGGAUUUGUUUAUGAUUACGAAGAACUGGCAACGGAGAAAUGAACCAGCUGAAUUCAAGGUUUAUAAGCUUGACGAAGAGAAAUGUGAGUGGGUUGAGGUGAUAGAUGGAUUGGAGGAUUCAGUGUUUUUUGUUGGUAAUGAUGGUUCAUUCUCUGUUUCAGCUAAAGAGUUCCCAGGAUGUAAAGGGGAUUGUGUUUAUUUCAAAGAAGGUCCCAUUAGAGGUGGGAUUAUUGACUUGAAGGAUGGAACAGUUGGAGGUUUCUCUGCUUUUCCAGGGUAUUGUAACAUCUUUUGGCCUAGACCAACUUGGGUGGAGUAGUGAUUCAUCUUGUUUCCCUGCCGAAUUGUUGUAACUGUUGCUUAAAAUUUUAAUUCAAAACGUAUUGGAGUACUUUGUGUCA